UGUGAGAGUGUGUGUAGAGGAUGGAGGACACUCUGACGUGCAGCCCAGCUACCUUCUCACAGGUCUUCGGACGCCAGGGACAGCUCAUGCAAGCCACUGUACAGUCCCUGAACAGCCUGAAUGACCAGAUUGCCCACUUCAUGGUGUCUCGGCCGAGCACCCUGACCCACGAGGAGGAGGCUUUUCUACCCGGCGAGAGAGACACGCUGCAGCAGUCAAUGGCACUGAUGAGGCACCUGUUAAUGGAUGCACAGGGGAAGAUUGUGCGUAUGAUGGAAGAUAAUAAGCGCUUGGCGUUGCGCAUCGACGGCGCGAUCUCGGCGGCCAGUGCGGAGGUCACCAACCUGCGCUCCGAACUCAACGUCACCUCGCACCGCCUCGCACAGCUCUCCGACACACACACGCACAACACACACACGCACAACACACACACGCUGCCCCUGCCUCUGGCGCUGGAUACACACUCCUCCUCCUCUUCCUCCCUCGGACGGACCGGCAACAACACUGCACACACCCUCAACAACCACAACCCUGGUGUGAAGAUGUCAGACCUCUGUUUCCAAACGGACAUGAACUCCUUUAUGGACCUCAGCACACCAGACUCUACACUCGACAAAGUUCUCCUGCGUGAGGAGGUGAUUAAUCUCCAGGAGGAGGUGUCGCUCCUUAAACAGAUGAAGGACAUGCUCAGUAAGGACCUGGAGGAGACGCACGGAGGCUCCGCCCACCUGCUGUCCGUCACGGAACUCCGCGUGCAGCUAACUCAGAAGGAGGCGGAGUUGGACCGAGCACGAGAGGCACUACAGGCCAUGAAGGCGGAUCGUAAGCGUCUGAAGGUGGAGAAGGCCGAUCUGGUGAAUCAGAUGCAACAACUGUACACAACGCUGGAGUCAAGAGAGGAGCAGCUACGAGAAUUCAUUAGGAACUACGACCAGCACAAGAAGGAGUCUGAGGACGCGGUGAAGACUCUGGCUAAAGAUAAGGACGUGCUGGAGAGGGAGAAGUGGGAUCUGCGGCGGCAGGCGAAGGAGGCCACGGAACUCUCCGGCAUCUUGAGAUCUCAACUGGAGCUGAAGGACAACAGAGUCAAGGAACUGGAGGCCGAGCUGACCAUGGCUAAGCAGUCUCUGGCCACCCUGACGAAGGACGUCCCCAAACGCCACUCGGUGGUCGCCAUACCAACCACGGAACCCAACCACGUCGUCAAUGGCAACCAGGAGUGGAUCACACACUCCGACCUCCCGCUCACUGCGGCCAUACGGCAGAGCCAACACACACUCUACACACACGCACACCCCGCAGACCGACAAGCCAUCCUGAGGGUGAGCCCUUGUCACUCGCGGCAACCCUCCGUCCUCUCGGAUGCUUCGGUUGCCGACGGUGACCGAUCCUCUACGCCCAGCGACAUCAACUCACCCCGACACCGAACACACUCGCUCUGUAACUCGAUGGAGGAUCUUGAUGAGUCCAAGCGUAAGAAGAAGAAAGAGAAGAUGGGUUUGGGUUCCCUGUCGCGGGUCUUCGCUCGAGGGAAACAGCGCAAGAGUCUGGAGCCGGGCCUGUUUGAUACCGACUCUGACUCUGCAGUACUGGAUGUUGUCCACCAGAUGGCGGUGCUGCGUAGUGUGCCCAUGUCCCAGUGGCGGGCGGCUGCAGUUCUCACCUGGAUGGAGGUUGCCAUGGCCAUGCCCAUGUACACACGCACCUGCCAGGAGAACGUCAAGAGCGGGAAGGUGCUGCUUGGUCUGUUUGAUGGCGAUCUCCAAGAGGGUUUGGGCAUCAGCAAUGAACUGCACCGCCGGAAGAUACGACUGGCCAUAGAAGACCACAGACAUGCAGAGAACAGCGGACAGGGGUUGUCUAAAGCAGGUGAGCUUGACCACGUGUGGGUGUGCGAGGUGUGGCUGGUGGACGUGGGUCUUCCACAGUACAGCGCCCCCUUUAGGGCUCAUCUGGUAGACGGUCGCCUGCUCAACUCGCUCAGCAGGAGAGACCUGCAGGAGAUACUGGGGGUGACAGACACGCACCAUCAGAACAGCAUACUGUAUGGAGUGCAGAUGCUACAGGCUGUUCAUUAUGACAGAGAGGCUCUGCAGGCACGCCGUACGAAGUGUGAGGAGGUGUGUGUGGACCCUCUCAUCUGGACCAACCAGCGUGUCGCCAAGUGGAUCAGAGACAUAGACCUCAAGGGUGACCUUUGA